AUUCGUCGCCCUGUCCUCACAGCCAGCGCGAUGAGGUCGAUUAAGCUUCGUACUCGCGGUUUUGUUACGUAAAUUUGUGUUAUUUCUCAAAUUGUCUUCCUUUAUUAUUUGUGUAUUUCGGGUAAUUUUUAGUUCAAUAUUCAUAUUUGAGUGUUGCCGUGCCUGUAGUAAAGUGAAUAGUGAUUGAUUUGUCGGGAAUUUCCUGACUCUGCUGAGUGCUAUAAUCCGUGGAAAAUUUGUGACCUGACAAGCUCAGUUUUGACUAAACCAGAGAUUUUGCAAAUGAUUUCAUCCCCAGGAUAAUAUCAAUUCACCAGCAAUGGAGGAAACAGCCAGCUCCUCCAACACAAAAGUGUCUAACGAUUCAGCUUACUCAACCUGCUCCAACAGUCAGUCUCGAAGGAGUGGAAGCUCCAAGUCGCACUCACAUCACAGUACCACUUCCAGCACCAGCAGUGGCUACGGAGGGCAUCCAUCAAGCUCCACCCUAGGAAGUGGGAGCAAUGACCAGCUGUUUCCAGAACCAGCAAAGAAGAGCAAGGUGAAGGAUCAUAAAAAGAAGAAAAUAAAAUCAAGCAACACCACCUCGAGCUCAACUGUUCCAACCCCACCCACAUCUACUCCUACCAUCAAUGAGGCAACCAGUAGUGAGGAACUCUCUGCUUCAAGUCAAGUUAAAAGCACUCCGGUAGCCGCCGAACUUGCAGAAAAAUCCGCGGCUACCCUCGAGUGUCCGCAAAAAACUGGAAAAACACGCGAGGUUGUUCAAGACCGCAGAAAAUUACGAUCACACCCGGACUCUGUGCUAAGUUCCAUAAUUAACAAUGGAGCUACACCCUCGGCUGAGAACGAAUCAUUGCAAAUGGCAGCACUGUCUCAAACGUUGCUAUGUUUCAAGAAGAUGAAAAAUAAAGAACUUCACCCUCCAGAUUUGCAAACGAGCAAUAUAGAUGAAGAGCAGUUCAUCCGAAGCAACCAGAAAAAUGAUGAAUCUUUCAAAAGCUAUGUUGAAACAAGCGUGAAAGAAAAGGAGUUCUGUGUUGUGGUUUCAAUGCAUGAUGGAAUAGUUCUCUACACAUCGUCUGGAUUAACAGAUGUCUUGGGAUUUCACAAAGAUAUGUGGCUGGGGCGUUCUUUCACUGACUUUGUGCAUCCCAAGGACCGAAUAGCAUUCGUUAGUCAUGUUACUUCAGGUGUUACAAAACCGUUCCUGGAUAAUCAGUUCAGUGCAGAUGCCUCCUCUUCAAGCAAACACAAUGCAAAAAAUUCUACCUUCUACUGCCAUUUACGUUGCUAUCGCGGUCUGAAAUCAUCAGGUUUCAACAUAAUUGACAGGGACGUAAAAUACAUCGCUUGCCAAUUCACUCUUAGUUUUAAGGAAAUCGUUGCCAACUCGGAAUCGAGCUGUUUCUUGAAUUCUCCCCAUGGAAUUUUUUCUGUGAUAAAUGUACAACCUGUUUUCUCUGCAUACACUAGUAGUAAUGAAGUCAUCAACUCUCCAAAAUUCAUGACGAGGCAUUCGGCGAAUGGUGUCUUUUGUCAUGUAGACUCUCUCGUUGUUUCCUAUUUGGGCUAUCUACCUCAGGACAUGAUGAAUCACUCAAUUUUCAAUUUCUACUGUUCAGAGGAUCUACCCAUGCUAAGAGAUGUAUACAAGGAAGUGAUGAGCGAACAGGGGCAUCUUGUUGCAAGCAAACCUUACAAAUUUAAAUGCCAAAAUGGGAGCUUUGCUGUCAUUGAAACCGAGUGGUCAACAUUCAUCAAUCCGUGGACUAAAAAUUUAGAAUUUGUCAUUGGACAACACAAAGUGAUCCAAGGUCCUGCCGAUGUUGAUGUCACUGUACCUUCAAAAACUGAGGAUUCUACCCCUGAAACUGAUAGCCAAGCUGAACUCCUUAAGAAGGAAAUUUUAGAGAUCCUUCAAAAACCGGUCAAUGCCUCAAAUCGAGUCGUUAAAGUUCAAGUUUCAAAAAGAUGCCGCGAUCUAGCCUCCUUUAUUGAAACUUUGGUUGAAGAAAUCACAAAGCCUGAGACCAAAAAUGACACUCAGAAAGAUGCAAAUGUUUCGGAAAGAGAUUCUGUCAUGCUUGGUGAGAUUUCACCUCAUCAUGAGUAUGGUAGCAAGGUAUCUUCGGAGACGCCUCCCAGUUAUACCCAGUUGAAUUACAACGAAAAUAUUCAAAGAUUUUUCCAAAGUCAACCAAAGACUUCCUUCUCUGACAGAACGAGUGAGAAUAAAAUAAUGAAUUCUACUCCUGAGACAAGCGAAGGGAAUGAAGAAUCAUCCUCUUCCAAUCCAUCAAAUUCCAAAGACAGACCAUGUGAAAAUGUUCAAAGUGCAAGCAGCAGUUCCAGAAGCAGCAAAGGAAGCUCGCGGAACGCGAAAACUUAUAAAAAGAGUAAAAUUAAUUAUCAGCCACCGCCUCUGACCGAAGAAAUGUUAAGCAGACACAAUGAAGACAUGGAGAAACAAAUGGUAAUCAAUCAUCGUGCGCAGCGCGGUAAAAUGUUGAAAGUGAAGGCAAAACCACAAGACAGAGUGGGCGAUGCACAUGGUGUAAAGCGAAGCGGCUCACAUUCUUGGGACAACGGCCCGUACCGCAGAUCAAUGAAGCAAAUACACGGAAAUGAUCAGCCUCAUGAUACAAACAGGCAGAGUAAUCGGCGAUCAGUUGUUACUGUGACGAUGCAAAGCUCCAUUGGAAACGCUUACAACCCUCCAGAGCCUUCCAGCAUCUCUAAUUUCACUUACUGGCCCAUGUUCUCCUACAAUGGACCAAUGCUGCAACAUAUGGACCACAAUGAAUCUGUGCCAACAAGUGUCCCAGCAGUAAUGGGACCUGGUAUGCACCCAGGAUUAGCUCCAGGAAUGCCAGCUGUCAUGCCAGUAUCAACACCCUCAAGUCUACCCCCUUACUACAUCCCGAGGGAACAGCAAAUUCGACCGGAACAUGCUGGACCACCUUUCCCCCCGUUUACAUAUAUCGCCACUAAUCAAGCCCAUGUCAUGUCUCCUAUGAUCCAUCCAAACUGGCCAGGCUACAGUCCUAUGUUCUACGCACCUUGCCCUGUUAUACCGCCCCUCUCUAACUUGGGGUCAAAAUCGGGAAUGACUCCGAGCUCUGAUUUCAAUCGACCUGUCUCAAGAGCGACCUCUGUGAAAGCUGAGCCUGGAUCUGCUAGAUCAUCUUUCAUCUUAAUGCAGUCAGAUGCAUCAAAAAAAGGUGGACACCUAUCAGUGUCUCCGAACAAUUACAAUUCCAAUGUUUUCCCUGGGGGGAAAGACAAUGCUCCAGGGGGUAAAGAGGAAAGUGGAGAGUUUAGUUUUAGUGAAACAGGUGAUGAAAGCAGUUAUUAUUCUUCAUUUUAUUCAUUCUUGAAAACAGAAGAAAAGAUGGACGACAGUAUGCGCAGUUCGUCUGGUGACGAUGUGAAAAAAUAUGAGGAUGAAUUGUGGGGUAUUCUGAAUGGCACCAAUGAUGAUGAAGGAAAGAAAUGCCUCAGAAGAGGACCUACAUGGCUAGAGGGUGUUGAUAUCACUCCUGAGUUACAGUUUCGCUAUCAAAUUAGUACCAAAGGGAUAUCUGAUGUUCUACAAGCUGAUAUGAAAGCACUGGCCAAACUAAAUCAGCCUGACAUGGUGAAUGAGCAGCUAAGUACUCUGUACUUGGAAUUAGAAGGUAUCUACAACUCUUUGAAAUUGGAGGACUCUUCCAGCAGUGGCGAAGAAGGAACUUCCAAUAAACCACGGAAACGCAAACCGUUCAACUAUGACAAAAUGGUAAUGAUUUUUGAAGAAGAAGCCCCUCUUCCUCCACCUGUUACAACUGCUAUACCUGUGUCCGUGACUGUCACUGCCAGUGGCAAUUAAAGAAGAUAAAAAUAUGUCUAAGAUUCAAAAUUUCGGAGGAUUUGACCAUCGCUAAAAUGCACAUUUAUUAGUUGACAGUCAAUUCUAACAUUGCUCACCAUGGUACUCUCCAAGGAAAUGGCUUUCUGAUGGUAAUUUACCGAUCAAAAGGAAGAAGAAUCAGUGUCACGCUGAUCAUGCUCACGGCAUCGAAGGAAAGCGAUAAGGUCUAAAAUGAAGUUUGAAAAUUGUCCUAAAUCAACAACUUAGGAGUAUAUCUUUGCGUAUGAUUCAAGAUGCGGUGCAAAAAACUUCAAGACCUUGAAAAGGCUUGAUUUGCGAAUAGAUGUUCAAAUAGUUUUUAACUGAAAAUCUUCAAGACUACUUAAAUUGCAUACUGAAAUCAUACUUAACAUCCUUAUUUGGAUCGUUUUACCUGUUUACAUGGGGCAUGGAAAAAGAAAGCCUCUUGUUUUAUCAGGUUUAUGAUAACUUUUUUGUCGCACCGAUUUAUUGGUCAGCGGGUGAAGAUUAUUAUGUAAUUAAAUACCAGGUAAGUGCUUUCAAGUGUUGCCAAGAUUGUGUAACUGUUGCUCCCAUUUAAUGGACAUUUAGUAGCCCUAAAAUGGAUCAAGUCUUCGAAAAAUUUCGAUGACCAAAGUGCGAAACUAACUAUCUCCGUUUGCAACCUCUCGUCAUACUCCAUUUUUUCUUCGGAAAGCUAGUGAACAUAAUUUCUUGAUCAAUUCCUUGAUUUUUCUACCUUGUUCGUUAAAUAUUCUGUAUAAAUCUCAAGUUAUGUAGUUUAACCAUUUAUCUUCAAAAAAUAAAACAGCGGACAUUUUGAAACAGAUUCGAAGAUGUGUGGUUUUGCACUUCGGCCAUCGAUUUGCUGUUAAUUAUUCCCAAAGCAAGAAAAUUUAGGCUCAUUUAAAGAGAUAUAAGUCUUGCGCAGUCUUAGCUAAAUCUGACAGCUCUUACCAGGUUUUAAAUUUCCUUACUUCUAAUGACUAUUGUACUUUCCAGAUAAAUGUUUUCCUUCACAUCCCCCCCCCCUUUUCAUAAGUAGGUAAUCUGGGUAGUCUUUAUCGUUUUUAUUUGAAAAAUUUUUUCGGGAGAGGAAACCAAAGAAAAAUUCUAUCCACCUGUAAAUCAAUUCUCUGAUUUCAACAAGUUUUAUCUUGUUUACAUUAAUUCUACAGCCUCUCUCUUCUGCCCAGGUACUUCAAUCUUUGACGUAUGGAUUCCAAAUUCCAAUUCGCCAGUUUCCAUUCUACUAGAGUAUAGCUAAUGAAAAGCGGUGUUGAAAGAACUCAUCGGAAGUAAAAUCUUUUUAUUUUCGGGAGUCAUUAGAGGAAAUUUUUUUGCACAAUUUGAUAAAUGAAGUAGGAAAUAUCGCCUACAAUUUCAUCUUAACUGUUAAAGUAGAAGUUUUAUCUGUUUUGUUUCUUUUUUUUUUUUUAUCUGUGUCAGGGCAAGGAUCAUGCUCAUCACAUUCAUAUUUUCCAGUUACCGUCGAGUUACCAUAAACUAGUACAAUCAUCUUUUCUAUAAAAAAAAUUGAAUGCUGAUGAAUGUAAUGAAAGACUUUCCUCUCUCUGUUAAUUUUUUUUAUUCUUCUGUUUCUGAGGCUGGUAAAAUAAUGUCAUAAGCAACAGUAGAAUCUUGAUGACUCUAAGCUAAGUUUAUUAAAUGACCAAUUAGUAACGUAUAAAUUGGACUGAUUCAUUUUUUUUAAGCAAGGAGACUUUUUCAAAAGAUAAUCAUGAACGUAAAUGAUCAUCGUCAAAGAUCAAAUUUAUAAUUUAAGCAGAUUUAUUUUUAACUGCGUGUAAAAAAUCGUGAUUUAGGUAUUAACUUAUAUUUUUAAUUGAAAUUAAAUUAUAUUUAUGAACCGA